CGCCCAUUCACUUGUCUCCUAGGCCCUUGUCAUUCAGUCCCUCACCCCCUCAGUCUAGUCUUGUCCGUGCGACUCAUCUCUCUUGAGCACUGGCCGAGCAGCAGUCUUUUUCCGCCGAUCGCCACCCUGGUCGCGGUUGUUGGCUUAUCAUCUCCCGGCGCACCAUCGUCAGCGCUCACCUGCACUUACCGUUCGACCAAUCUGGCCGCCAAUUUGCCUCCUUAACGCCUCUAGCUGCAUAACGCGUACAUGUGCGAAUUCGUGUUAUAGAGUAUCGGAUCCUUCGGAGCGCCGGUUCGCAGCGUAGCGCGGUCCGGAUGGAGAUCGACCCUGUCGUAGAAGGACAUUCAGCGUCGUCGGACGACUGGCGGCGGGCGUUGGCGCGCGUGGUCCCCGCGGUGGUGGUGCUGCGCGUGACGGUGGUGCGCGCGUUCGACACGGAGUCCGCCAACUCCAGCUACGCCACCGGCUUCAUCGUCGACAAGCAGCGCGGCAUCAUCCUCACCAACCGCCAUGUCGUCAAACCCGGUCCCGUGGUGGCGGAAGCCAUGUUUCUGAACCGCGAGGAGAUCCCGGUGCACCCCAUCUACCGCGACCCCGUGCACGACUUCGGCUUCUUCCACUUCGACCCCGCGGCUGUCCAGUUCCUUGAGUACCAGGACAUCCCCCUCUCACCUGAAGCCGCCGCAGUCGGGCUCGAGAUCCGCGUUGUGGGGAAUGAUAGUGGAGAAAAGGUGUCGAUCCUGGCGGGGACGAUUGCUCGGCUCGACCGCGACGCGCCGGUGUAUAAGAAGGACGGGUACAACGACUUCAACACGUUUUAUCUGCAGGCGGCGUCGGGGACAAAAGGGGGGUCGAGCGGGUCGCCGGUGAUUGACUCGAGGGGGUGUGCGGUGGCGCUGAACGCGGGGAGUAAGUCGUCCAGCGCGAGUGCUUUCUUCCUGCCGCUGGAUCGGGUGGUGCGCGCUCUGGGCGCCAUUCAGCAGUGCUUUGAGGAGAAGGAGGGCGGCGGGUUCGUGGUGCACAAGUGGCGGCCGCCCGUGGUCCCUCGAGGGACGCUGCAGUUGACGUUCAUUCACCGGGGGUUUGACGAGACGCGGCGGCUGGGCUUGAAGCGCGAGACGGAGGCGGAGGUGCGGAAGGAGGCGGGGGCAGCGGAGACGGGGCUGCUCGUCGUGGACUCCGUUGUCCCUGGGGGUCCCGCCGAUGGCAGACUGGAGCCUGGAGACAUCCUUGUUCGGGUUAACGGCAAGGUGCUCACUCAGUUCCUCGCCCUAGAAUCUAUCCUGGACGACGCAGUGGGCGCCACAGUCACUCUCGACGUGGAGCGCGGCGGCACGCCCCUCUCCCUCACCCUCUCCGUGCACGACCUGCACUCCGUCACCCCCGACCGCUUUCUCGAGCUCUCAGGGGGCGUGCUGCACGCGCUCUCGUACCAGCAGGCGCGUAACUUCCGCUUCCCCUGCGGGCUCGUUUACGUCGCUGAGCCGGGCUACAUGCUGUCCCGCGCGGGCGUGCCGCGAUUUGCAAUCAUUCAGAAGCUAGCAGACAAGGAGGUGCCGGAUUUAGAGUCGUUCAUUAGGGAGUUUGGGAGGUUAAAGGCGGGCGCGCGCGUGCCGAUUGAGUAUGUGACGCACGGGGAGCGGCACCGGCCCAAGUCGGUGCUGCUGGUGGUGGACAGGCACGCGUGGUAUGCGCCGCCUGAGAUGUAUUGUAGGGAUGACUCCACUGGCCUCUGGCGCAUUGCCCAGGCUCUCCCUGCUCCUCCUCCCUCUGCUGCUGUUGGUGGUGAUGCUGCUGCUGCGGGUGGUGCUGCUGAUGGUGCUGCGGGUGCUGGUGAAGGGGAGAAGCAGGAGGAGGGAGGGUCGAAAGAGGGAGGUGAGAAUGGAGGGGAGCAGCAGAGAGGGGAGAAGAGGGGGAGAGGGGAGGAGGGCGAAGGGGGGGAAGGAGGCAAGAAGUGCAAGGUGGAGGAGACUGUUAUUUCUGAUGGGGAUGUGCCCCAUGCUGCUGCUGAUGCUGCUGCUGAUGGAGCCGAGGCGUCAGCCAAGCCAGCUGGCACGAGCUCAUUGGUGGAGAGCGCUCUGGAGCCUGCGUUUGUGAUGAUGGAGGUGCACGUGCCGUCAUCCGUGAUGGUGGAUGGGGUGCACGCGCAGCACUUCUUUGGCACGGCGCUGGUGGUGCACCACACGCCGCAGCUGGGCCUCAUAGUGGUCGACCGCAACACCGUGGCCGUCUCUGUCUCCGACAUCAUGCUCUCCUUCAGCGCCUACCCCGUUGAGGUGCCUGGCGAGGUGGUGUUCCUCCACCCCGUGCACAACUUUGCCUUUGUCGCUUACGACCCCUCGGCUCUCGGCGCCGCAGCAGCAGCGGCAGUGAAGCCAGCCACUUUGAAGCCAUCACCCCCUCUCCACCGCGGCGACCGCGUGCACCUGGUGGGGCUCAGCCGCAGCCAGGCCGUCACGUCCCGGCAAUCCGUGGUCACAAAUCCUACGGCUACUUUGACAGUGGGCGCAGCUGACUGCCCGCGGUACCGGGCCAUCAACAUGGAUGUGGUUGAGAUCGACACCGACUUUGGGCAGUCCUUCUCUGGCGUGCUGGCUGACGACACGGGUGCUGUGAGAGCCCUCUGGGGCUCCUUCUCCACCUUCCUAAAGUAUGGCGAUGGCGGCACGGACGACCUGCAGUUUGUGCGCGGCAUCCCCAUCGCCUUCGUCUCCUCCGUGCUCGAACACAUCCUCCUCGCCCCCCCCUCCACGCCCAUCCGCCCUCACCUCACUCCGCCUCUCCCCCCUGCGCCUCCUUCUGCUGCGACUGACACGGAGGGGAAGGGGCAGGCGAUUGUUGAAGGGGAGGAGGCGAGAGAGGCAGUGGGGCAGGUGCGUGAUCACACGGGGGGGCUGCAGCAGCAGGCGGGGGGGGACGGCCGGCUGCUGAUGAACGGGCGGCUGUGGGAGAUGCCGUGUGUGCGCGUGCUUGAGGCAGAGCUCGCCCCCAUGCUGCUGUCAAAGGCGCGCAGCUUCGGGCUUACAGACCCCUGGGUGCGCGUGCUCGCUCAGGCGGACCCUCUGAGGCGCCAGGUGCUGAGAGUGAAAGGGACGCUCGCAGGGUCCGCUGUUGCUGGGGUGCUGCAGCAGGGGGAUAUGCUCCUUGCCGUGAAUAACCGGCCGGUGACUUGUUUUGCUGAUGUGGAGGUGGCGUGCCGUGAGCUGGACUCUGGGGGGGGUGAGUCAGCAGUACCGUUGGAGGGGACCGGGGUAGGGGUUGUGAGUAAUGGUGAUGUGAGUAUGGCAGAGGUAAGGGAGCCGACAGGGGCGCCAGGAGAGGCAGCAGAGGCAGGCAAGACUGCUGUGAAUGGCUUAUCAGAGGCUGCAGCAGGGGCAGCAGGGGCAGCGGGGGCAGGAGGGACUGCUGGGAGGAUAGACGGGAAGGGCGAUUCCUCACUUGCAGCAGCAGGGGCGGAGGCACCCCUGUCGCUGCACCUGACGAUACUUCGGCAGGGCAAGGAGCAGCGGGUGCAGGCGGCCACGGACGUGCGGCACGGGUUUGGCACGACGCGCGUGGUGAACUGGGCGGGGUGCCUCGUGCAGGACCCCCACCCCGCCGUCAGGGCCACCGGCUUCCUCCCCUCGCAGGGCCAUGGCGCCUACGUUGCCAGGUGGUGCCAUGGCAGUCCGGCCCACCGGUACGGGCUGUACGCACUCCAUUGGAUUGUGGAGAUCAAUGGCCGACCCGUGCCCGACCUCGAUGCCCUUGUUGCCAUCAGCCAGGAGUUGGAGCACGGCGCCUUUGUGCGGGUGAAGGUGGUGCAUUUGAACGGCAAGCCGCGCGUGCUGACGCUGAAGCAGGACCUGCACUACUGGCCCACGUGGGAGCUGCGCUUCGUGCCCAGCUCAGGCACGUGGCACCGCACCAUCCUCAAGAUACAGAAGUAGCACAGCAUCCUCACCUCUUCAGAAGUAAUACAGAAAUAGCUAUUCUGGGACUUUCAUGUGACAAUGUGGCAUUAGCCCUUCAAGCCUCCUCUAGGAGUUGAUCAUGGCUGCAUCUUGUCGCAAUAGGUCGAUUCAUUUGUGAUGACGAUCGCACUGUAAUGGAUUGUCAUGGGACCAA